AUGGAAAAUAAGUUCAUCUAUGCCUUACUCUUUGUUCAGCUUCUUGUUUUCACUUAUAGACCUGUUCUGGGAGGAGGGGAUGGAGUAGUUGUCACCCGAGCUGAUUAUCUAGCACUUCGAGCAUUCAAGCAAGAGCUUAUUGAUUUCAAAGGCUUGUUGCGCAGCUGGAAUGACAGUGGCUCUGGAGUUUGCUCAGGUGGGUGGGCUGGAAUCAAGUGUGUCAAGGGGCAGGUCAUUGCAAUCCAGCUUCCAUGGAAGAGACUAGGGGGCAGAAUCUCCGAGAAGAUUGGGCAGCUUCAAGGGCUUCGAAAGCUCAGCCUGCAUGACAAUGUCUUAGGUGGCCCUGUCCCUUUGGCUCUGGGAUUGCUCCCCAAUCUCAGAGGGGUGUACCUCUUCAAUAACCGGCUUUCUGGUACUGUCCCUGCUUCAAUCGGUAACUGUCAUCUUCUUCAAACUCUUGAUUUGAGCAACAAUGCACUUAAUGGUUCUAUUCCUAGUCUUGCAAACUCCACUAGGUUGUUUAGACUUAAUUUGAGCUUCAAUUCAUUUUCUGGUUCAAUCCCAACUAGUCUCACUAGGUCAAGUUCCCUAAUCUUUCUUGCUCUCCAACACAACAAUCUCUCUGGUUCUAUUCCCAGCACUUGGGUUGGAACAAACAGAACUUACCAGCUUAAGUCCUUGAGCCUUGACCAUAAUCUCAUCUCUGGAGCUAUUCCAAGCUCUCUGAGUAAGUUGGGUUUUCUUGAAGAGAUUUCUCUAAGCAAUAACCAGAUUACAGGAACCAUACCCAAUGAACUAGGGGAGCUCCCAAGGCUCCAAAAGCUAGACUUAUCCGACAAUGCCAUCAAUGGAAGCAUCCCAGCUAGCUUUUCCAAUCUCUCAUCGAUUGUGUCAUUGAAUCUAGAAGGCAAUCGCCUUGAUAACCAAAUCCCACAAGUCUUGGAAAAAUUGCAGAAUCUCUCAGUACUUAAUCUGAGGAGUAAUAAGUUCAGUGGUCAUAUUCCUGCUUCUAUUGGGAAUAUCUCUGGGAUUAACCAAGUUGAUUUAUCCGAAAACAAUUUCACUGGAGAAAUUCCCGCUUCAUUUUCCAGCCUAGCCAAUCUCACUUCCUUCAAUGUUUCUUACAACAAUCUGUCUGGCUUAGUCCCAUCUCUCCUAUCCCAAAAGUUCAAUUCCAGCUCCUUUGUGGGGAAUCUCCAGCUAUGUGGGUAUAGUGCUUCAACUCAGUGUUCUUCUCCACCACCUAAGAAUCUUACAGUUCCAACAAUAGAGCCUUUGAAGAAAAAGCAUCACCACAGACUGAGUACAAAGGACAUAAUUCUCAUAGCAGUAGGUGUCGUCCUAGCAGUUCUGCUUCUACUCUGCUGCUGUUUGCUGCUAUGUUUGAUUAGGAAAAGAUCUGUACUGAAAGGAAAUAAUAGUAAGACCGCCAACCAAUCGGCCACUGGGAGUAUUGACAAGGCAGUGCCUGCAGGCGCUGUGGUUUCAUCUGGCGGCGAAGCUGGUGGGAAGCUUGUUCAUUUUGAUGGGCCAUUUGUGUUUACUGCUGAUGAUCUAUUGUGUGCCACUGCCGAGAUAAUGGGGAAGAGUACCUAUGGGACUGCAUAUAAGGCAACAUUGGAGGAGGGCAAUCAAGUUGCAGUGAAGAGGUUGAGGGAAAAGACUACAAAGGGUCACAAGGAGUUUGAAACUGAAGCUGCAGCAAUUGGGAAGAUUCGGCACCCAAAUCUCUUAGCUCUCAGGGCCUAUUACUUGGGUCCCAAGGGAGAGAAGCUCCUUGUCUUUGAUUUCAUGCCUAAGGGAAGUCUUGCAUCAUUUCUUCAUGCUCGCGGACCAGAAAUGGUCAUUGAUUGGCCAACAAGGAUGAACAUAGCCAUUGGAGUCACAAGAGGACUAUGCCAUCUCCACAACCAGGAGAACAUCAUACAUGGGAAUCUCACAUCCAGCAACAUACUACUUGAUGAGCAGACCAACGCUCACAUUGCAGACUAUGGCCUUUCUCGCCUCAUGACCCCAGCCGCCAACACCAAUGUGAUUGCCACAGCAGGAACCCUCGGCUACAAUGCACCAGAGCUCUCAAAGACCAAGAAGAGUACAGAAAAGACUGAUGUCUACAGCCUUGGAGUGAUCAUAUUGGAGCUCCUAACAGGAAAAUCGCCUGGAGAGCCAAUGAAUGGUAUGGACUUGCCACAGUGGGUGGCGUCGAUUGUUAAAGAGGAGUGGACUAAUGAAGUUUUUGAUUUGGAGCUUAUAAGGGAUGUUCCAAUCAUAGGUGAUCAGCUGCUUAACACAUUGAAGUUGGCUCUGCAUUGUGUGGAUCCCACACCAGCUGCAAGACCAGAGGCGCAGCAAGUUCUGCAGCAGCUAGAAGAGAUUAAGCCGCCUGAGGCAAAUGUUGGUUCUGCUGAAGAAGGAACAGAAGCACCAGCAUCAGCAACUGAGUAA